GAAUACACGAAAGUAGAGAAGGGGGGCACCUUUUAUGAUUUCCAAUUCAAUACAAGGCUUGUCAAAUCAACAAUUGUGCAUUUUCAGGUAGAGAUCUUGCCCAGUCACUCUAUCACUGUUCUAAUCUUUUAAUUUUCUUUCAAUUAUAUGACGUUCCUAAUUUUUCCAAGGUCAAAACAUUCCAUCAUCUCUACAAUUGAAAUGGAUUUAUAUUUUCUUUCUGAUUAAAACGCAUUCCUAAUUUUUCCAAGGUCAAAGCAUUCCAUCAUCUCUACAAUUGCAAGUAUUAUUUGAACUGCAUUUUGUUCUUUCUGAUUUCAAAAUAACCCAGCAGGUUGCUUCAUUUUCUUAAUUCUUAUGGAGCAGUAUGUUCGGAUUUUAUGUGAUUUAAAAGGGCAAGUGCUUCAAAAUAUUUUUAAUGGUCUUACCAACGUAAUGAUGCUAGUUUUCUUUCAGUGGUUCUGUUUUUGAAGCUUAUACUAUAUGUUGUUUAUUUAUUUCUUUGUUAUUUUUUUUUCUGCCCAACUUCUCAAAAAAUUGUUUGUUUGAAGGCCUUAGCUGUUUACUUGCUAUCUAAGCUUAUCGGUCGUCAUUAUUAAUUAUUGAGGUGCCAUCUCAUACCUAUUAUUGCAUUGAGUGAAAAUCAUGGUAGGAAUUAAUAUGUAGUGUUGACAAAGUUUCUCAUUCUCUGUUUUAAUUUGUUGCACCAAAAAUUCUGUAUGAAACUUGGAUUGGAGUAGUGCCAUCUCCUUGUCUCUAGUAGGUCUGGGACGAGCUUAGAAGCUCAUAUAUAGCUGAUAAAGUAACGGUUAAGGUGUAUUUCUGACAUUAAAAGUAGUCUUUAAUGUUUCAAUAUGCAGUUUACUAUGCACAUAUCAUUAGUGUUGUAGUUUUGCAGGUCCUCAAUACAUAUUAUUUUAAUGCUUUAUGGAAAUAUAGACUUGUGCAUGUUGAUUUCUCUCCCUAAGCUUCAUUGUCAUUCCGGGGAAGGUAUGGAUUCAUGGUUGAAAUCUUUCUGUUAGAUCUAGUAGAUGCUAUUGAUUCAUUUGGAUGUACAUGUAUUACUGCUAACUGAAAUGUGAUUGUAUUUCAGAUUAAAUUGUGUUCCAGUAAAGUCAUUGUUGCUAAAAUUGAUCUUGAAUAUCAGUAAAGCAGAAAAAAAGUUACAUUGUGUUGCAGUUCAUGUUGUUUUACAGUUUUGCAUAUGUUUAUUAUUUAUGUUACUCUUCAGUUGUGUCUGGAAGUUCGCAUCUGCUUGCUUGUAAUUAUAAUUAACAGUUCCUUCAAUAGUGUUCUGUUGCUGACAUGCUUUUGAGAGUUCAUGGGGAUAUCCAGUUGUUAGCUUGGUGUCUGGUUCAACUGGACCAUUUGUGCAGAUGGCAUCUCAGUGUGCAGAUCCUGUUUAUGGUUGCUACCUGUAGAUGCUGACUCAUCACGAACAUCAUCUACUGUGGUUGAUAUAUGGUAUUACUGAGAAGUGAGCUUUAGAGAAUUGAUAGGAUAACAACCUUUUAUAGGGGAAAUCCACAUGGAUGAACGGACUACUUAGACUGAGAUGCUAAGAUACCAAAUACGGUCAAAGACGCAGAGGACUUGCUAUUUUAUCUUUAUCUCAGCAUUAAAAGCAGGGUGGGACUUCUCUCUGAGCAGCUGAUGGAUGAGGCGACCCUGUCCAUAUGCUAAGGAAUCUGUUGUGGGCAACAUCAAAGCACGAUGUAUACUUGAUGCAAAACUACUCCGUCAUGCAUUGGUCUUCCCUGCUUCGGAGGGGGAAAGAAGUACUCAAUGUGGCUGGUCCAAUUAUGCCUACCGUGAAACGGUCAGGUUCUUUGGCUCAACCUCUCUCAAGGGUGCAGAUCAGCACCAUGUCUGUCAAAGACAACUUAAUGGUGGCAGGAGGUUUCCAAGGGGAACUUAUUUGUAAGUAUCUGAAUCGACCAGGAGUGGCCUUUUGCACCAAAGUAACCACUGAUGAGAAUGCAAUCACCAAUGCUGUGGACAUCUACCGGAGUUGCAAUAGCUCUACUAGACUGAUGACUGCAAACAACGACGCCCAAGUGAGAGUGUUUGAUACAGAAAACUUCGCUUGCCUAAGCCGUUUCACCUUCUCUUGGUCUGUAAAUAACACAUCGGUUAGUCCUGAUGGUAAGCUAUUUGCUGUUCUUGGGGAUAGUGCAGAUUGCUUCAUUGCGGAUGCACAAUCUGGGAAAGUGGUCAGCAACCUCAAAGGGCACUUGGACUAUUCUUUUGCAUCGGCAUGGCACCCUGAUGGUCGGAUACUUGCCACCGGGAACCAAGACACAACAUGCAGACUCUGGGAUGUGAGAAAUCUCUCCAAAUCCCUGGAAGUGCUCAAGGGGAGGAUGGGAGCAAUAAGGGCUGUGAAGUUCACCCUAGAUGGACGGUUCAUGGCGAUGGCCGAGCCUGCCGAUUUUGUUCACAUAUAUGAUGUACGAUCUGGGUAUAGCAAAGCACAGGAGAUAGAUAUGUUUGGAGAGAUUGCUGGGAUAUCAUUCAGCCCCGACACGGAGGCUCUCUUUGUUGGGGUAGCAGAUCGAACUUAUGGCAGCUUAUUGGAGUUCAACAGGAGGCAUUGCGACCCACAUCUGUAUUGCAUCUGAUCAAACUGCCUGAGUUUGAUGGAUGUGGGCGAGUUGUACAUACGUUAUACGUAGGGGGAUGGACCAAGCUGAUGAUCAAAGCGCCGGUCCAUGUUAGCCGCUGUUCUAUCGACAAGAUUGGAUUGCGGGAAUACUACUGUCCUAUUCUCGUUGAAACGGUAGAAAUUAGAAAAUCUAAAUUACAGAGGUUGCAUUACUUGCAUUUGCAUGUUUAAUUGUUUCAGAUGAAGAUUUUAUCCCCUAUAUCCAUUUCUUGUAGAGGGGUUUAGUGGGUCUUGGGGGAAGAAAGAAGGAAAAUUUGUCUAUUUAAAUUGUAAAGCUCUCGGUGAUAGCUGUUCAUAUGGAAAAAUACAAAUAUUUCUUUCGGUUCA